AUGGUCAUCGAGAAUCAGCCUAAGUUCAUCGACAUGCCCAAUGUUGGUGCGCCAGGUAUACCCUACUUCACACCUCAUCAAGCCCCCCCUGCCGGUACCGCUGUUGAUCCCCAACCCAAUGGCAAACCUAUACCGUCAACUUUCAAGCCUUUAAAGGUCUUCGGGGAGCUUGUGGGCUCAAAGUUCUUUGUCAUUAGGUCGCCCCCUUAUGUCAAUAUUCGGCCGAAAAUGGCCUCAUAA